AAUUUAGUAAAAUAAUUAAUGGAACAUAUAAUUAUUCAUAGAAAUAACUAAAUCACUAGGGUUCAUACUAAAAACUGUGUAAAACUUUAAUCUUUUUCAUCACCUUUCGCUUUCUAAAAACAACACAUAAUCUAUUCUCCUCCACUUGAUAUUUGCUAUUGCUCUGAAUUUUACUGCCAUUUUUGCUAUAUUAUCAUUAUUACAUAUGACUUUUUAUUUUAUUUCAUAGCUUUGAGAAGUGUGCUUUAGAUCUUGUGUCCUUUGCUAUAUUAUUUCACUUUCUCUUAUCUUCUUUAAGCACAAGCUAUCAACAAUUUUAGUUUUUUAAGUUGUGGUUUAUUACAUUGUUAAAAAAAUUUCUAUAUUUAUAUGUGUUGGUGGGUUUAAAAAGGGUCCCAUUUCUGAAAAUUUGUUUGCACCAAUUUAGUGGUUUCAAUGUUCUCUAUUUUUACAUCUUCUUUUGGUUCUGUUCUUAUGCAUAAGAUCUUCUGAUUUCUUUAACACUUUAGUGAAUAAUUUUAAAAACAAACAUAAUCUUCUAAUUUUCUAUGUUAUUCCUCUGUUUUCUCCUAACUUAAAAUCUGUAAAAGCCUUUGUUUUUAACACAUUUUAGUACUCAUGAAGAGGUUAAGUUGUAGGACAGUUAGACAUGUAAUUUUGGUGCUGUGUGUGUUAAGUUUGGGUGUGUUGUGCUGUGGUGAAGCAGAGAGUGAUGCAGCUCCAAUGGAGAAGGGAGAGCAGGAGGGUUUGUACUCUGCUAUUCAAGGGUUUGUGGGGAAGUGGUGGAAUGGCUCUGAUCUGUAUCCUGAUCCUUGUGGAUGGACUCCAAUUCAGGGAGUAGCUUGUGAUAUCUUUAAAGGACUAUGGUAUGUGACAGACUUAAGCAUUGGACCUAUACAUGACAACUCUCUUGAUUGUGCCAUAAAUCCUGAGUUUAGGCCACAGUUGUUUCAGCUUAAGCACCUAAAAACACUGUCCUUCUUCAAUUGCUUUAUGUCACCCUUCAAACAUCCAAUCACUAUCCCUACCAAAAACUGGGAAAAACUUGCAGCCAAUUUAGAAAAACUAGAGUUCAGAUCAAAUCCCGGUCUUAUCGGACAAAUUCCCGUCAGUUUUGGUGGCCUAGUGAAGCUUCAGUCUUUAGUUUUACUAGAAAAUGGCUUGACAGGAGAGUUACUGAUAAAUUUUGGCAAAUUAGAAAACCUGAAGAGGCUAGUUCUUGCUGGAAAUCAGAUUAGUGGUAAAAUUCCAGAUAGUUUCGGCGGGUUAUCUCAGCUUUUAAUCAUGGAUUUAAGUAGAAAUUCACUGUCAGGUUCUUUGCCUUACAGUUUAGGUGGCUUGUCUUCACUUCUGAAACUUGACUUGAGCAACAAUCAACUCGACGGUAAUUUGCCAUCAGAGAUUGGUUACUUAAGGAAUUUGACACUUUUGGAUUUGAGAAACAACAAAUUCUCAGGUGGGCUGGUUAAAUCACUUGAAAAGAUUGAAUCUUUGGAAGAAAUUGCAUUAUCUAACAACCCAAUCCAUGGGAAUCUCCAUGUUAUAGAGUGGAAAAAGCUUCAGAAUUUAGUCAUUUUGGACCUUGCAAACAUGGGCUUGACAGGUGAAAUUCCAGGGUCUAUUUCAGAAUUGAAAAAGCUGAGAUUUUUGGGCCUUGGCAACAACAAUCUUACAGGUUUUAUCUCACCAAAGCUAGCAAAAUUGCCUUGUGUUAGUGCUAUGUACCUAAAUGGAAAUAAUCUGACAGGAAUACUUCAAUUCUCUAAAGAGUUUUACAAGAGCCUUGGCAGGCGUUUUGGGGCUUGGAAUAAUCCUAACCUUUGUUUCCCUUUUGGGUUAAUCUCAGCCACUCAUGUUCCUUAUGGGGUUAAGCCAUGCCAACAAGGACUCACCUUGCUUGAACCCAGCUCAAAUUCCAAGGUGGAUAGUGAUAAACUGAAUCAAAGUUCCCAUUUAGUGAUGUCUUUGGGAUUUUCAAGGAAUGGUAUUAAUGAGUUUUGGGGGGUAUUUAUGGUACAAAUAUUAAUGAUGGUGCUACUCUUGAAUAGCUUCCCAUAGGAGAAGAUAUGCUAAAGCUUAGAGAUAACAAUAGUUUUACUUUUGCUUUGUAACUUAUCUUUCUAUCCAUUUGGUUGUAACCUUAUCAUGGAGCUAAUUACUAAUGUAUUAAUUAAUACAAAUAGUUGCAUAUUCAA